ACUGUUUGUUCUGUGUGUGUGUGUGUGUGUGUGUGUGUGUGUGUUUGGCGAGUGUUGGAUGUCAGAGGCUGGACCGCUGUCAACGUUACAAAUGUAAGAGGAGUCAAAUCAAGAGGAAAUUGGGAGAGCGUACACAGAGAACAUCUGAGCUGACGUGGUUAUCUCUCUGGCGUGCGUGUUUGACAUCAGCUGUGCAGAUGAGGGAGUGGGCGGACCCCGAGAUGGGCAUGGCCACCGGAGGCUACCUGUCUGGAGCAGACGCGUACGGCAUUGCAGAACCUCUCCAGUAUUACGAUGUGCUGGUGGAUCCACUGGGAUAUCCGUAUCAGGAUACUGACCUGCAGGGUUUUCCCUACAGCCAGCAACACUACAACCCAGCCAACGUCCAGCUCUCUAUGUACGGACCACCAGGCUCUCAGCCAUGUAACCCCCCCUACCCCUACAGCCCCCAGUGCCCGGAGCCCCCCUGCGAAGUGGAUAUGGAGUUCCAUGGACAGGUUAGAGGCGGUGUGGGAGGGACGCCCCUCAUGAAGAGGCCCCGGAUGGGCCCCGGGGCGCGGGUGAAGGGCCAGGAUGAGCUGUGUGUGGUGUGUGGAGACCGAGCUUCGGGAUAUCACUACAAUGCUCUCACCUGUGAGGGCUGCAAAGGCUUCUUCAGGCGCAGUGUGACAAAGAAGGCUGUGUAUCGCUGCAAGAGUGGUGGAGGCUGCGAGAUGGACAUGUACAUGCGUCGCAAGUGCCAGGACUGCCGGCUGCGCAAGUGCAGAGCCGUGGGCAUGCUAGCCGAGUGUCUGCUGACUGAGGUGCAGUGCCAGUCAAAGAGGUUGCGGAAGGGGGCCAAGCACCGAGGAGACUCGCUCUCACAGCUGACCACUGAGGACGAGGAGAACUCAGAGAGCAGAAACGUCUCCUCUACCAGCAGGCUGCCUGCACCGACACGGGUGUCAUUGGGUUUAUCCAGAGAACAGAAAUGUGUUCUGAAUAGAAUUGUGGAAGCGUAUCGUCGCUGCAGAGCUCAUGAUGGCACACACUGCCGGGUGCCCCAGUGGUCAAGUUUAGAAGUGGGUGGAGAUCGUCUAGCUGACCUGACACCUCUGCAGACAGAAAGGCUUCUGCAGUUCUCUAAAAGCAUACCCGGCUUUGACCUCUUGGACAAUGCUGACCAGAGCAUUCUUCUCUCCAGCUCCUCCGUGGAGGUCAUGUUCCUGCUCUCCGCUCAACAGUUUGCAGAGAAUCCGUCCUCUUAUAGUGCAGCUCUGUAUCCUGGAAGUGGUUCCUCUGUAUCCACUCACAACUGGGUGAAAACCUUACAAUCUAAGGCCAACAGCAGCCAUGAGGUCAUACUAAACUCAGGGUUGAGUGAAGAGCUCUUGAGGCCGGUGCUGAAUUUCUUCCACAGUAUGACAGCCAUCGCUGUGACUGAGGCUGAAUACGCUCUUCUAACUGCUACUGCGGUGCUCUGCUCAGACAGGCCGGCUCUGCGUGCGGUGAGAUGUGUGGAGAGUCUGCAGGAGUUUAUCCUGGAUCUGCUCUCCAAGGUGUGCAGGAAUGGCGAGGGCGCUGCCGUUGGGCCGUGCCGCUUCGCCCGGCUGCUGGGCCGGCUCACUGAGCUCAGGACGCUCCGCCACAACCACCUCACGCUCCUACCACAGCAGCCCUGGGACAUGCAGCACUGAGAGCGGCUUCAGGAAAACAGAGAGGACUGGGGGACCCCAAAGCGCUGAUCAGCUCCCCGUGUUCAUAGACACGUUUGAGUAGGAAUACUGUGCUGAAUCCAAGUUGUGUACUAAACACUAAUUCUAACUGUUUUUUGAGCAUAUAGUGUGUAGUGUAAACAUGAGUGCUGAAGAGAAAUAUACUGAACAAAUCCAAUAUGCAUUUUUAGAACCGGUCAGUUUCAUGUUGAGUAUGGUCAGAGAGGAUGCUUGAAGCUAGAGCUGCAAUGUAAUAUUAUUUCUAGGAACCUGGUCACAUGGUUUUGAGAGAGAGGGGGGAGUCCUAAUCACACCAGCGGAAAAUUCUGCCCAUUUUAUAAACCGUCAGCAGUUAUUUUCGCCUCUCUGGUGAUUACUGUGCCCAUUUUGGUGAUUUCUAGGCUUUGACUAUUUUAUGCCUAAAACUGCUGCUGGUGUGAUUAAAAUAUCUGACGCUGUCAAAAGCUGACACAACAUUUUUGCAGGUUCAACUUUUUACAUGUAUGACGCCGUAUAAAAGUUGUAUUGCAUGAUACUACAGUGGCAUCUCUGCGUUUAACCCAGCAAGCUAUUGGGAAGUCAGUGAUUAGUAGUGCACCUGGUAAAAGGGCCAGUCAGUAUAAGUAAAAUCAGUAAGGUCUGCCUGCAGACUGCAGACUGCAGAUGCACCAUUUUCAGGGUCUUACUAUUGUAUAUCAUUGUGCUACUAUGAAACAUGAGAGUUUUAACAUGCCACAGACAUGAAUUAGAAGUCUGAAGUAGUGCAGCUAGGCCAACUAUGAUAGAUAAAGUUACCACACGUAAUAGCAGGAAUUCUUCUCUGGUCUCGUUACCUCGACAAAUCAAAACGUUUGCACAUCAUUGACGGAGCAGAAAAUAUUUUAUCUUGUGUAUAAGAUGACGACUGCCCCUCAUCUGAUGUUAAACUGUUCGCUCUAGUGUUAGCUCAUCCUGAUUUAACCCACAGCAGCCUUUUGCUUUUGAAUGACUGAGGCAGCUAAUUUUUAAACUAAAAAACCCUGUGCUGCUGGUUUUGUUAAGUAAAAGUAAGCAUACAGUCCUGUUGGUCUGUUAUGUAGAUAUUAUGGAUUAACAAAUUAUUGUCAAUGUCGCCCAAUGUCUCAAAUUUCAAUCUGUCUGAUCGAAAACAGUUUUGCCCACUCUGCAUGCUGUGAUGAGUCAUUUAGAGGAAGAUAUAAUGACUGGCUUGAAAAAGGUGUGUGAAGUUCACAGCAUCACGUCUGUGAUACUAAACAGACUUCUGAGAAGCAUUUAGCAGCUUUAAGUGACAAAUUCAGAUUCAGAUUGAGAUUAAUUUUUCGUCACUCCAGAACAUGUUGCACAUGAAAGGGAACAAAAUGAGGUACUCAGGUCUCGGUUUGAGUAGCAGCAAUAAUAAAAUGAAAAAGAAAGCACACAGUGAACACCAGUAAAAAUGAAAAACAUAAAUAAAUGUAUAAAUAUAAAGUGAGCAGAGUCUGGAUAGGAAUAAGACAAUGAACAUCCAAAAGAUAAACAAGGUGGCCAAGUGGGCCCUGAAUUGCAGCAGUGCCCUGAUAUGAAACAAUAGUAGUAAUAACAGCAGGUUGUCACUCCAAUUGUCCACUGAGGGCAACAAUUGUACAGUAAAGAUUGUAGAAUUUUCAGUCUAUAAGUGCAGAAUUUAUAUCCAGAUAUCCUCACGUGCUUCCCGAUGUGUAAAGAUUUGUUUGCACGAGUCUUUUCUUGUAGCCCUGUUUUACAAAUCACUUGCACCUGUGUUGCACUAGAACAGUUGUCUGUGCUUGAAUAUUUUGCAAGUCAGUGGUCCUUUCCUGUAGGCGGUUCUUUGCCAUGUAAGUGACAAAAUGCACGAGACUCUCUGACAAUAUGCUCGCCGAUAAUGUGGCUUGCGAGACGUGUAAAUAGUGUAGCACUCCUCCACAUGAGCGUCUUUGCUUCUUCAAAGAAGUGCAGUGAAAAGAACAGUUCCAUGAUGAUACUUGUUUGUAUUUUGGAUCAGUCUCAUCCACAAAAGACCGGUGGGGCUGCAGGUCUUCAUUCCAAUCCAGCAGAAGCGUACCACGUUUAAUCAGUCGGUCUUAAUCUUAAUCUCCAAACCGUCGAUUAGUUGCAUAAGAUUGGUUGGAUUGAAAGCCUAAAGCCACUCUGGCCCUUUUUGGAUUAGACUGGUGAGCCUGGUCUUAUAGUAUUAGUGUUUAGUACACAUGGACUACAGCACUGGUCUAGGAUCCUCCUCUUCAUGGUUAGUCACAAAACCUGAUCCUAGAUCAGCUCACUAACUCUAAGAUGUUCUGUGACCACCGCAUCCUCUGCUACAACAAAACAGCAACUUAUUUUUGAUAAUACAAUAACCUGAUUCAGUGUACUGUACUCUUGUACGUUUUACUCAUUUUACCUUAGAGAGUUGCCUAUAUUUUACAUUCAAAAUUCAAGCCUAAAGGUCUAAUGAAAAAAAUUCAUAUGCAGUAAAUAAAAAAUUAUGUUUCUAAA